AAAUGUUAAGUGUUUGCAGGCAGCCAAUAAAGAAGAGAUCAGCAGCCCGACUGACUCACCGGCAGGAAAUCUGGAGCUGCGUCUGGAUCAGCUCAGAGCCGACUCACGCCUGGGACCGCGGCAGUUUCACUCCAUCAUUCCAUCGGUUCAUGUUUCUGUUUCCAGAGCCAGCCAUCAAGAAAUGGCCAAUCCAUUACCUGUGGUAGGCCAGGAAGAUUUGGAAAGCUUUACCUUGACCAGGACAGGCUCAGGCUUUGCACUCAAAGCCUUUCAUAUUUCCUGGAACACUCCCAUCUCUGUGAAGCUGCUGGCCAGCCAGGACACUACAGACAGGGAGUGGAAGUUGCUACUUCAGGACAUAGCAAGUGUCAGAUGCUACGAGUCUGAACAUCUCCUGCCUUUGCUUGGGAUUUACCAGUGCCAUGGACUUGUGGGGAUAGUGACUGAAUGGAUGAACAAUGGAUCCCUCCACUCCCUCAUCCAUGAGCAUCAGCUGUACCCAGAGCUUCCCUUUCCCUUACUCAUAAGGAUCCUGUCGGAUGUGGCUGAAGGGCUGCAUCAUCUUCACAGCCUCGAAGCUGCUCUCUGCCACUGCAGCCUGAAACCUUCCAAUGUGCUUUUGGAUGUGCAGUACAGAGCCAAGAUAUCAGAUUAUGGCCUAACCAACUGGAAGAAACAGCAACUGAGGUCAGACCUGCAGAAUUGCCAGCAGAGAAACUGCCAGGAUUUAGUGUAUCUUCCCCCUGAAAUACUUGAAGGAGGCCUCCCUUCCCAGAAAGGUGAUAUUUACAGUUUUGGAAUCCUGUGUUGGGAGAGCCUCAGCAGACGGAAACCUUUCGAAGGUCAAACAAACCUGCUUGAUGUUUUGAGAGGAAUCUGCAGCAGCUUGCGGCCAGGCAUUUCAGAAAAGUUCAUACCAAGCAAUUUGCCUGAGAGGAAUAGACUAUUAAACCUCAUUGCUCUGUGCUGGCAUCAAGAACCAGAUUAUAGACCACAUACUGCAGAAUGUGUACAUCUUCUAAAUGGAGUUUUGAGUAGUUUAAAUAAGGAAGUAAUUUCUGCAGCAAUCUACAAUUUGAUGGAUGCAAAGGAGAGAGCGCUUAAUGCAUGCAAAGGCUCGGAGACCUACACGCUGCAGAGAGGCACGUGCAAUUCAGAGAUCAUCUGUCCACAAAAAAACAACUGUUUAAUCAGCAAGAAAAUUCCUCUUCUAGUGCCAAGUUUGUCCACUGUUCUACUUGAUAGCAGUGCAAAUACAGCAGGAAGAGAUAAUAUUGAGAUGGGUCACCCAGGCUCUGAGAGAAGAAAAUCAAGCUCUUUUUGCACAAAUCCUUCAUCUGUUUCAGCUGCAGACAAAGAGAGCCGUCAACAUAAUUCCCCAGCACUGAUUCUUCAGCACAGACCACAACCAAUGCACCUUGGACAGGCAGUGACAGGUCCUUGCAGCAAAGGAAACUGCUGUCAAAUCCUUGCUUGCCAGAGGCAGAGCAUACUGAAGUGCAUGACAGAGGGACGCCUCAACCACAUCCUGGACGUGCUGCGCUCGCGGCAGGCGCUGUCGCGGGUGGAUUAUGAGAGCAUCACCUCCUGCCCCACGGUGACCGGCCGCGCUCGGGCGCUGCUGGACACCUGCCUGUGCCUCGGGGAGAGGGCAGCACAAGCUGUAGUGACUGCCCUGUCAGUGAGCAAAUCCUGUCCUCUGGGACAAAUCACUCGCCCAGACUGUCCUUCCAAGGUAAACAGGCUGUUGUUACUGAUUUUUUUUCAGUCUGUUUAUGCAUCUGAACUGUAGUUAUUUGUGAUGGCAAGGAUUCAUGUUGGCGUCUCACAACCCAUUGACCAAAGGUAAUUCUUCCUGCAGCCCAUUAUUUGAGUACUGUAGUGAAAAAAGCUAACUGGAUUAAAAGGUCAAGACAACUGCUGCCAACAGAAAUUGCCAAGACUGCUAUAACAAAUCCUGAUUUGGACCUCAGAGAUGGGGAAAGUGCAAUAUGUGCCAGAGCAAACAGGGCUCAAGUGAGAUGACACCUUAUUUCCUUGAUUUUUUUUUUUAGUUUUUUUAGAAGGGAGGAAAAUUAAUCAUGACCUUUUGGAGGUCACAGUAUGGAAGAAUGGUUAUUUAUAAAUACUUCCAAAUAAGGAUAGUGAACAACAGAAUACUGGAGGAGAAAAAAUUUACUGCCUUUCACUGCAUUCGUAUCUGAGCAAGCUGUUACAGUGAAAGGCUUCAGAGAAUCAAGAACUAUUUCUUCAGUAAGGCCUUAAGUAAGACUUGGAAGUUUUAUAUUAUGCAUAUAAAUUACUUCCUUUUCCUCACAAAUGGUCAUAUGAAAAUACAUCAGUACUUUGGAAAUGUGGGACUUGGAGUACUCAUUAAAUGGAGAAACAUUAAUACUUUACAUCCCUGUAUCCCUCUAAACAUGUCUGCAGCUCAAAUGUAAAAUGAAACCAGGCAGAAGUGCCAAGCUGAUAAUUUUGAAGUGGUGGUUCUGCUGAACUGUUGUCAUGGUUGUACUCUAAUGGGAGACAGCCUGGGAUUACUGGGAGGUUUUCUUGUUCUGGCCUGGACUCGCCCACGGUCACAGAUUCCUCCUGCUGCUUGAACUCAUCCGAAGGGUCAUGGACCCCUUUGACUUGAGUUCACAUCGAGUUCCCGUCUGUCCAGUACAGCAGCACAGAAAUAUCAGAAUGUUCCCAGGCACAGUGGAGGAAGAUAAGUGGUACAACAGGCAGUGAAAACAACCCAGCCACUAACAAGCACCAGACAAUUGCGUACAGAAGGCAAACAAGUCCCAUGGCAAGCACAGGAGUCUGUCAACAGAUCAACAGCAGCUACAAAUGUGAUCCAGCACAUUCCAGUAAAAUCUGUUGUUACCUUGAACCCUUCAAGCCUCACGCUGGAUGCUAAAAAGAACAUUUGUCCCAGCAGACAACUAUGCUCCACAACAGUAAAGUGAGAAAACGUGUUGGUUGAGAGCCAGACAAUUUAACAGGUAAAGCAAAAGCUGCACACAAGCAAAGGAAAAUGUGGAAUUAAUUCACCACUUGCCAAAGGCAGGCAGGUGUCCAGCCAUAUUCAGGAAAGCUGGGCUCCAUCCCAUUAAUGGUUACUUAAGAAGACAUAUGCCCUCACUCCAAAUGUCCUCUGCUUCCUCCUCUAGCUGAGCUUGAUUUCACAUGGCCUGGAGUAUCCCUUUGGCCAGCUGUGGUCAGUUGUCCCAGCUCGUCCUCCCCCAGCUCCUUGUGCACCCCCAGCCUCCUCCUUGGUGUGGUGAGGGGCAGAAAGGCCUUGGCUCUGUGUGAGCUCUGCCCAGCAAUAACAAAACAUCCCUGAAUUGUCAAUGCUGUUUUCAGUACAAAUUCAAAAUACAGCCCCAUAUGAGCUCCUAUGGAUAAAAUUAACUCUAUCCCAGCAAAAACCAGCAUAAUUUGAAAGAGAAGUAAUAGGAUUACUUUAUUCAUAAUGAAAAGAAUGAUAUAAGGUGCUGGUUUUUUAAAGGCCCAGUGAGGUUUCUUCAAGCUUCAUAGCAUCAGAUUAACAUGAGCACUUGUUACACCAUCUACAGGUAUUUCAAAUGCAAAACCAUGUUAUUUGUUUCACUAUGUUGCUUUUGUUCUCUCUGCAGUUUCAAAGUUCUCAUAGAAUUCAGUUGUUUGGCUGAUUGCAAAUGCAGUAAUGAUGUGUUGUCUAGGCACAAUUAAGAAAUAAGAAAUGUGUUACAUCAAGAUUUCCAGCAACAAUACUGCUGGAACCAUAAACUUUUUUUUUUUUUAACAUAACUUCAUUGACCUUUGAGACUUCCUUGAAUUAAAAUAUUGUUAUAAUUAAAAGCAAUGUCUAUCAGAAUAUGUUGACAAUAUUUUUUAAUUAAAGGAGCUAAAUAUCUAUUUCACAGUUGAAUUUUUUUUCACUUUAAAUAGGAAAUUUCAACAGUCUCUGCUAAAAAAGGAUGUCUUGCUUGUGAGGAAAGUGCUUCUGAGGAAAACUGCUGCCAUGGUGUUUUGCCUUCUUAGAAGCAUAAGAUACUCAGUAAAAGAGAUAAACAUUUGCCUGCUGGAAAUAGUUACAGACAUUUAAAAGAUAAAUUAGCAAUACUGUUGAAACCUAAUAGCAGCUUUCAAAAUCAUUCCCUUUAGUUGUUCUGCUGGAUGCUUUAUAUUCCUGUGAGAGAUGUGCUGGCUGGCAGGCUAUGCUGAAUUUUUGUCAUUGUGGUUUUGACACAGGAACAGUUUUGGCUCUUCUCAAGUAGGCAGCUGUUUCUAGAAAAUACAAUCUGAUGCCAAACCUAAGCCCAGUCUUAACUGUUAAUAGAAGAACUGGCAUCAAAACAGUGGGAGCACAAGCCGUCUGCUUUUCCAGUGUGGUAUUUUUGAAGGGAUGGUACACGUUCGUUGAAAUGAAACUGUUGUUGAUAUAAAAAGUUUUGCUACCAAACUAAAACACAAACUAGACCCGCAACUAGCAGCCUUUUUUCUCACCAAAAAUACAUACUCUCCUAAGGCCUAUAGUGUGAGCUGUUAAAAACGUCUCAUGUUGAUCACUGGUGUGAAAUAUCAAACUGCUGAAAGCUUAUGGUAUUUUGCUCCUGCCCAAGCUUGUUUGUUAGGCAAGAGUUCUAUGGUCCUCACCUCUGUUUUCUGCAGUUAUCUUGAUAUUACAAAACAGUGUAGAAUAAAUAGCACUGAGCAGGAGUGAAGAUAGAAGAAUCAAACUGUUCUUUAAUAUCUACAGGAAGAAACAAGACUUGAAUGUGAAGAACAACUGGAGUUGCAGGAAGGAAAUAUGAAACCUGGGUAUCUCUAGAAAACAGCAAGGAAAAUAAUAAAACUUCAGGACAACUCACUUUAGGACUGAUCAUAUAAACUGAUUAGUAAAACUCUGUUGCAGUUACUCAGAAAAGAAUUAAUAGACAUUAAAAAUGACAAGCUAUACAAAUUUUAUGAAGCUAUUUAAACUUAUCAAAGGAAAAUUUAUUAAAGGAAUGGUGAGUAGAGUAGGCAGAUGUUUAUUUUUCUGAUGUAUUGAAAUGUAAUUUUAUUCUUGAUUGCAAUUGGUUACAGCUAUCUUUUGCUGAUUUGCAAAAAGAUUUGCAAAGGGACAGUCGUCCCUUGCCCUUUGUCCUAACUAUACCACGCUUUUAUCUGAGAUGGGAUGGUUUCUGCAGUGUAAGAAUGUCUGCACUAGAAUUUGUUUGAUUUGUGGAAAAUUAAUCUGAGGCGCUGGAAUUAAAUGUUUAAGAGAUUAAGUCCUUCCAGUAGAGAGCAAGGCAAACAAAGCUGUAAAUACCACUCAAAUGUUGUUACCAGUGCCUGUUAAAAACAGUUCCAUAACAAGUGCAUAUUUAUAAAAUACUAAUCUACAAAAUUUCAAAAAAUGCAUUAAUGGAUUGCUAACAUAUACAGAUUAAUUUUACACCACAUAAGCGGUCUAAAAUGCACAAAGCCUAAAGCACUAAUGAAAACAUACCAAACCUCAAAGGUUCUUAUUUUAUUGUUUCAAGUCUGAAUCCUACAUAACCUUGUAAAAUUCUCAUGCUUGCCCAGGCUUGGUCAUUUGAGCAUCAUAUGUGAAGAUUUUUAUGGAAGAUUAAGUGCAUAAAUUAGUACUUGUGGGCCUGGUACGUUAGGGAAGGACCCAAACAUGAUCAAGACACGCACAGAAAAUUUAGAUUUCUUUAUUGCUGUUUAUUGAUUUCAGAGCUAUACAGCUAUUAACUAUGCUCUCCUCCAGUAAUACAUAUUGUCUCCAGGAUUGCUGGGGUCUUUUAUGCCUCAGGAAUCUUGCCUUGCACUAUAUUCCCUUUCAUUCUUUUCCUCCACACAGCAGUGCCCAGCCCUCCCCCACUUUGCAAAAUACUUUACUGGUGCUCAAAAGACCCUAGCACAAUUGGAUUUUGUUCCUUUCCUAGAGAAGCAAUUCCUUCAUUGCCUGCCUGGAACUACAUUCCCUUGACGGAGCACAUGGUUGACUUGACAGAUGGUAUGUCAGCUGAGUUAAACAAAACUCCUAGAUUUUGAAGGUAAAUCCACCAUAAAUUAAACUACCUGACAAGGCUGAAAAGAACAUAUUUAAUGAUUUAACUGGGUUACAUUAAAUUCAGCACAGCUGCAAGAACCAUGUUAAUUGUAAGAAUUUUGCUUAACCCCACAAAAAUGGUAGAUCAGAAGCUUAGACUUAACUAUUUCCAGCUCUUGUGCUGAUGUGAUUUGUGGUCAAUUUUUUAUUUCCUGCCUUUAUUUCUCUUUGCCAAGAAUACACGUCAAGUAAUAUUACAGAAUUCUGUAGCCUCAAACUGCCAUUUUCCUUGGGCUUUAAGAAUGACCUUUCUUCUUUCAGAGAAGACAUGCAUCAGUUAAAGAAUUUCCGGACUCCUUCAACUUGGAUCAAUUAAAUGGCAGUAAUUUAGAAUAAGGACUUGCCCUUUAAAAUGUGGUAACAUGCCAAAGUAUCUCAACACCUAUUUCCAACUGCUGUACUUGAACCUUCCACAAAGCAAAAGCAAUGUUCAUACAAGCAGAAAGCGUGCCUGAAUUUUACCCUUUCAGCAGUAACCUGGCUGUACUUUAGAAAGUUCAGUACAGUUAGUUCUUUCUUUAGAUACCAAGAAAAAAUGUGCCAUAUUAGUUAACAGAAUGACUACUAACAUUAAAUUUAUUGUCCUUUGGCCAAAAAGGGCUCAAAGGUUUUUUUCCAGUUCAUUAGAACAUUAUCUGGUGGGGGGAAAAAAUGAGAAAAAUUACUAAGGAAUGCACCUGGUAAAUAGUAAAAAAAAAAAACAAUUGUAUGAGAAUUUUGACCUUGUAACAGCUACAAAAUAUGUUCCCAAGAAAGCUGUUUUUCUGCCACUUCCAUGUGCUAUGAUAAGCUUGUGACACAGAAGAGCAGGGGGGUGGAAGGAGAGCACGGUGUGCUCACCUGUGUGUGCCAGGCACCAAAGGAGCCCUUCCUUGUUUGCCAUUCCCUGCGGGCAGCGCUGUGGCUGCCAGAGAACAAUGCUCAGCUCUGAGCAUAGACUCAGGAGAAUCCAGAAGAGAGGAAAGCUUGAUCAGCAGUGAGGAAACCUCAGGUUAGGGACAAGCUGAUAAAAUUGUGUGUGUUUGGUCUAGCAAACGAGAUGAAGGGCACACAAGAGAGUCUGGAAUGGAGGCACUGAACAUGCAGUAAGGAAACAGAGUACCCGGUGUGUUCUUGUGCUUUGUCCUUCUGAACUGGCUUUCAAGCAGGGGCUUAAAAAAGUUUUAAAGGCCAUCAUAAAGAUAGGCUCCUUCCCUAUACCCAGAGAAAUGAGCAAUAUCCAUGGAACUUUCUUUUACCUGAUUGAGAGUUCUUUAGUUGACAAAAUUCAUGCAAACAACAGUGAUUUACUAAACCUUUUCCUUCAGCCUGUUCAAUUUAUUUAUGCAAGCUAUAAAAGCUGAAGUGAUUUAAGGGAACAAAUAACAUGGUUUUGCUUGGAGCUAAAUAACAUGGAUAUUUAUAGCUGCUCUGUAACUCAAUCACUAUUUAUUCCACUAACACCCACCUGUGAAGGCAUGGGUCUGUUAUCAAGUCAGCUGUCAGGACAACGGAAUAGAGAUAACUUGAAUUAAAGAGCCCUGGAAAUUAUUUCUACCCUUUACAGUGUUGCUAUGAAUUCUUAAAAGAAAAGAAGGAUCUCCUUUAUUUUUUCUUCUCAGCAGAUUGUGGUUGGUCAUCUUCUCUCAAAUACAAUGAAAAUGUUUCCAUUUUUAUUAAAAUGCAAUCUUUAUCCAGCAAGAUUUCUGUCCAGUCUAUUAAGUGUUGGAUGAGAGAGCU